GCGUGGCAAAGGAAGAGUCUUCCAAACUCACGCAGCACGGCUGAAGAUCGAAAUGGCGGCGCCAGCAGAGAGGAUGGAGGGGGAGAGCUCAGUCAAGCCUGCAGCUGAGGAUAUGACGUCAAAGGACUACUACUUUGAUUCAUACGCCCACUUUGGAAUCCACGAGGAGAUGCUGAAGGACGAGGUUCGCACCCUCACCUACCGCAACUCCAUGUUCCACAACAAGCACCUGUUCAAAGAUAAGGUGGUGUUGGAUGUGGGCAGCGGGACGGGCAUCCUCUGCAUGUUCGCCGCCAAAGCUGGAGCCAAGAAGGUCAUAGGGAUCGAGUGCAGCAGCAUCUCAGAUUACGCCGUGAAGAUCGUCAGCGCCAACAACCUGGAUGACGUUGUGACCAUCAUUAAGGGGAAGGUGGAGGAGGUGGAGCUGCCCGUGGACGGAGUAGACAUCAUCAUUUCAGAGUGGAUGGGCUACUGCCUCUUCUACGAGUCCAUGCUCAAUACAGUCAUCUAUGCCAGGGACAAGUGGCUGAAACCAGAUGGUCUCAUUUUCCCCGACAGGGCGACUCUUUACCUCACUGCUAUUGAAGACAGGCAGUACAAGGACUACAAAAUCCACUGGUGGGAGAACGUGUACGGAUUCGAUAUGUCGUGCAUCAAGGAGGUGGCGAUUAAAGAACCCCUGGUUGAUGUGGUGGACCCCAAGCAGCUGGUCAGCAACUCCUGUCUCAUCAGGGAGGUGGACAUCUACACGGUGAAGGCGGAGGACUUGACCUUCACCUCGCCGUUCUGCCUGCAGGUGAAGAGGAACGACUACAUCCACGCUCUGGUCACCUACUUCAACAUCGAGUUCACCCGCUGUCACAAGAGGAUCGGCUUCUCCACAAGCCCAGAGUCUCCUUACACCCACUGGAAGCAGACCGUCUUCUACCUGGACGACUACCUGACCGUCAAGACGGGCGAGGAGAUCUUCGGCACCAUCAGCAUGAAGCCAAACGUCAAGAACAACAGAGACCUGGACUUCACCGUAGACAUCGACUUCAGGGGUCAGCUGUGCGAGAUGUCGAAGACGUCGGAGUACAGGAUGCGUUAGAAGUCGCCUCCCCCCUCGUGUUAGUUUGUCUUUAGUAGAGGACAGAUUAUACAGUCUGACUGGGAGUCUGUACACUAGUGUAACGCUCCUCCUCCUCCUCCCCACGCGCAGCAACAUUUUAAAUGUCUUUUUGUUUUUCGUUUCCUUUUCUCGUUCAGACUACGACAGUAUUUAACAGGUUUUCGCGUACUUCGGGUUCAUCGGCGUGGUGAGUUCAUUGUGCAGUAGUCGUACUCGACGAUGUGUGUGUUUUGACAUUUUGCGCGCCUGCGACGUCCACAUAAGACACGACCACGGCCCCCGUCCCUGCUGUUUCACGAAAGCCACGCCGUUCCGUCUACCACGUCCUCGUUUACAUUUCCUUCGAGGGUUAAUAAAGCUAGGGACGAACGUGCCCCCUCCCCCCAACACAUUUUUAACGGUCAGUACUACGUAAAAAGAGUUGUCGAGGCCAAAAGUAAAUAUAUAUAUGUAUGUAUGUAUUAAGAAAACUCAAAGAAUUAAACUGCAGUGACAAAGUAGCUGCAGGAAUUCUUGCCCCGUCCCAAAAUACUACACAGUACGUCCUGCAAGCAUGUGAGACUGCCAUUAAAACCUAAUUUUACUAAAACAAAACUGCUUUUCCUUUGACCACGUAGAAUGUGUUUUGUUUCUUUUGGACGCCUCCGUAGACUGUGUGUGUAUUAACGAUCGUACGCGGUAGCCGGGCUGCAGUUUUCCUAAAAUACUUUGUCAUUGCGUCUCCUCCCUUUUGAGAUACGCACACGUUCGGCUUGUUGACGUGUACAGAAGUGCAACUUUCCACCAGAAGUAGUUCUGGCAAGGCUCCAGUCAACCGUCUCGACCCUCAUGUGUUUAUCUUUGUUUGUGCGAAUGAUGGUGACCACGUUGGCGGAGACCGUUUCGACUCCUCACACUUUAUUUUUGUUGGGUUUUGUAUUUUUUUUUUGGCUGCUGUUUAAUUUUUUUUUCUUUCUUUUUUUUAAAUAAAACUAAUAAACUGUAAAUGUAACUUUUUUUUUUCUUUCCGUGAGCUGCAAAGUGUUUUGUGACAUACAUCAUCUUUAAGGAUUCUCUUAAGGUUUAUUUUUAAAUUCGGUUGUAAAACUCAGAUCGUAUCUUCUGAUGUGUACAGUCGACACUAGCGAACAUCGGAUCUCGUUACGCUGAUGUAAAUAAUACGUUCUCGUGAAAGUUCAGAGGGAAAAACUGCAAUAAAUCGAAGUCAUCCGAGGUUAAGAUAAUAGGAAAGAAAAAUGUUUUUGUGAGAUUUGCAGAGUGAAGAGUUGGGGUGGUGAAAAUAUUUUGAAUAAAUUCAGAUACAUCUCAGAGGA